AGAGAGAGAGACAGAGAGAGGGGGACCUUCUCCUCUUUGCAUUGCAUUGCCUGCAUCCUCCUCCUCCUCUUUCUCCCCUUGCACCUCCAGCCUUUCUUCUGCAUGGUGGAUAUCCUCUUCCCAUUCACUUUCCUGGGGGCCAUGGGGGACCCCCCCAAAAAGCGGCGGGCGGUGUCGCGCUGCGUGGGCUGCGGCGGGGAGAUCCUGGACCCUUACAUCCUGCGCGUGGCCCCGGACCUGGAGUGGCACGCGGCCUGCCUCAAGUGCCACGGGUGCAGCCAAGCCCUCGACGAGACCUGCACCUGCUUCGUGCGCGAGGGAAAGACCUACUGCAAGAGGGACUACUUCCGGCUGUUCGGGGCCAAGUGCGGGCAGUGCGGGGGGGGCUUCCGGAGCAGCGACCUGGUGAUGCGGGCGCGCGAGAAGGUCUUCCACCUGGACUGCUUCCGCUGCGCCGCCUGCGGGAGGCAGCUCCUCCCCGGGGACGAGUUCGCCCUCCGAGACCACCGACUCCUCUGCCGGGAAGAUCACCAGGCCCAGCCCCCGGACCCCCACCGAGAAGGGGACCCCAACACCGCCACCCCCCCAGGAGAAGGGCAGGACCACGGAGAGGGAAGCCCACCUGAGAGCCCCGCCCGCGGAAGGACACACCCAGAGCAUCCUGUGAGGCAAGCCCCACUGCGCUCGCAGGUGCACAAACCGGCCGAGAAGACCACCCGUGUGCGGACGGUGCUGAACGAGAAGCAGCUGCACACCUUGCGCACAUGCUACGCGGCCAACCCGCGCCCGGACGCCCUGAUGAAGGAGCAGCUGGUGGAGAUGACCGGCCUGAGCCCCAGGGUCAUCCGGGUCUGGUUCCAGAACAAGCGCUGCAAGGACAAGAAGAAGUCCAUCCUCAUGAAGCAGCUCCAGCAGCAGCAGCACAGCGACAAGGCAAGCCUUCAGGGCUUGACGGGGACCCCGCUGGUGGCCGGAAGCCCCAUCCGGCACGACAGCGCUCUGCAGGGCAACGCGGUGGAGGUCCAGACGUACCAACCCCCUUGGAAAGCCCUCAGCGACUUCGCCCUCCAGAGCGACUUGGACCAGCCAGCCUUCCAACAAUUGGUCUCCUUUUCGGAAUCCGGCUCCCUGGGAAACUCCUCCGGCAGCGACGUGACCUCCUUGUCUUCCCAGCUCCCCGACACCCCCAACAGCAUGGUUCCCAGCCCCGUGGAGACGUGAAGAAGACGGCGUUUUGGCCCCCUCCUGUGUCCAGCCGCCUUCUCCCCAUGGACUUGUGCAUGCCCCUGCUCCCUGCAUGAGAUCCUGAGCUCCGUGCAAAGUCCGCUCUUUAAAUUAUUACCUUUAUUUAAAAAUCCGGCGCCUUGUUCUUCUCAUAUCCAUGUCGCUUAACCACUCCGGAUUUUUACGGCAAGCAAGGACUAAGCAAAGCAAGGCUUCCCAUGGACUCUGGUCUUCCCCACUCCCUUGGAUCUUACUAGAGCUACACUCCAACCAGGUCAUGGCACUUGUACAGAAUAUUUCUUCUUUUGUUAUCUCUUUUAAUUUGGAAAGAACAAGCUUUUUGGAACUUGAGGGUCUUCCUUCACUUGGGUUGGUCUUCACUGCCUCCGUCGUCUCAAGACCUAUUGCUAUGCUGUGUUCAUCUUGGCCAGCUCCACAAACCCAUCACUGAUCAAUAGGUGACUUCAACCCAAAUUCACAAUUGAUCACUAGGUGACUUCAAACCAAAUACAUCAUUGAUCACCAGGUGACUUCAACCCAAAUUCACAAUUGAUCACCAGGUGACUUUAACCCAAAUGCAUCAUUGAUCCCCAGAUGACUUCAACCCAAACUCAUCAUUGAUCACCAGAUGACUGCAACCCUAAACUCAUCAUCGAUUGCUAGGUGACUUCAUCCAAAUGCAUCAUUUAUCACCAGGUGACUUCAACCCAAACACAUCAUUGAUCAUUAGUUGACUUCAAGCCAAACUCAUCAUCGACUGCUAGGUGACCUCAACUCAAAAACAUCAUUGAUCAUUAGCUGACUUCAACCCAAACUCACAACUGAUCACCAGAUGAUUUCAACCCUAAACCCAUCAUCGAUUGCUAGGUGACUUCAACCAAAUGCAUCAUUGAUCACCAGGUGACUUCAACCCAAACACAUCAUUGAUCAUUAGUUGACUUCAAGCCAAAUUCACAACAGAUCACCAGGUGAUUUCAACCCUAAACUCAUCAUUGAUUGCUAGGUGACUUCAACCCAAACU